UGCCGAGGCUGUCAGACUCGUUGCUCAGUGCCGUCUGAUAAUCGGGAAGGAUUGGUACCCUGGGAAGAUCACCGUGAUAAAACACCCUGAGAUCGUGUGUGUUUUCCUUCGUCAGUUGAUGCGGGCAGAGGAGCCAUGCCCUGAGGAGACGUCAGCCUGCUGCCAUGUCCUUCUCCUGCCACCCCUCUGCACCUGGUCACACCUGAGCUUUGUGUCUUCCUCAUCAUCGUCAUCCUCCUCGCCGCUCUGAGAGAUCUUCUCCAUCCAAACUGAGCGCUAGAAGCCCCACAGCCAUGGCCCCCGUUCCUCCGGGAAUUCGCUUUCUCUCUUCCUUCAGCAAAGAUCAGUGGUACAGAGCCUUCACGUUUGCCUUGACCUUCCUGCUCUACACGAGUUUCCAUCUCUCCAGGAAGCCCAUCAGCAUUGUCAAGAGUGAGCUGCACAAGAACUGUUCCCAGACCAGUGAGCUCUCCGCGUCCAGCAGCAGCCAGCAGCACCUCCUCCACGCUGAUGUAGACUGCAGCUGGAAGCCCUUCGACAAAAGCAACUACAAGCAGCUACUGGGAGCGAUGGACUAUUCCUUCCUGUGUGCCUAUGCGGUGGGCAUGUAUCUCAGUGGCAUUAUUGGUGAGCGACUGCCCAUUCGCCUUUACCUGACGGUUGGCAUGGUGACCAGUGGCUUAUUCACCUGUCUGUUUGGCCUCGGCUACGUGUACAACAUCCACAGCCUGGGGUUCUACAUCUUUGUCCAGGUGGCCAAUGGCUUGGUCCAGACCACGGGUUGGCCCAGUGUGGUCACCUGCAUUGGGAACUGGUUUGGGAAGGGAAGGAGAGGCCUCAUCAUGGGUCUGUGGAACUCCCACACCUCGGUGGGCAACAUCCUGGGCUCCCUGAUCGCCGGCUACUGGGUUAACUCCAACUGGGGGCUGUCCUUCAUUGUGCCCGGCCUCAUCAUCGCCGGCAUGGGCGUGGUCUGCUUCCUGUUCCUGAUCGAGCAUCCCAAUGAUUUGAAAUCUAUCUCCGCACAUAACCCCACCAGCAGUAAUUCUAGCCACUUCCUGUUUCUGCAGAAACUCCCAAAGAGCUGGAACGGGUUGAACGGCCAUGCAGAGACAUACCUGCAGUACAAGAAGGGGAGUAAAACACAGAGCUGGGACACUGAGCUCUUGCUGCCGGACAGCGUGGGAGUGUGUGUGCCCGUGCAGCAGGUCGUGGUGGUGAAGAGCGAGGCAGAGCCGUCGGCCAUCAGCUUCCUGGGAGCUCUGCGCAUCCCGGGAGUGGUGGAGUUCUCCCUGUGCUUGCUGUUUGCCAAGCUGGUCAGCUACACCUUCCUCUUCUGGCUGCCUCUCUACAUCACUAAAGCAGCGCAUUUGGAUGCCAAGAGGGCGGGGGAUCUGUCCACACUGUUUGAUGUUGGAGGCAUUGUGGGGGGCGUCCUGGCUGGUGUGAUCUCUGACAAGCUGGGCAAGAGGGCGACCACCUGCGCGGUCAUGCUGCUUCUGGCUGCUCCCACACUUUACGUUUUCUCUAUGAUCAGUGAACUUGGACUGGGACCCACCAUAGCCAUGUUACUGGUGUGUGGAGGUCUGGUGAAUGGACCUUAUGCCCUCAUCACAACUGCUGUGUCUGCAGAUCUGGGUACACACAAGAGCCUGAAGGGCAACGCCAGGGCCCUCUCCACUGUCACUGCCAUCAUUGACGGCACCGGAUCAGUCGGUGCAGCAGUGGGCCCCCUGCUGGCUGGACUGCUGUCUGUGCGAGGCUGGAACCAUGUCUUCUACAUGCUGAUGGCAGCCGAUGCCUUCGCUUUACUGUUACUGCUUCGUCUGGUGUUGAAGGAGCUUGACUCUCGCAAGCCCCGCCCAGCACCUGUUCUACCGCUGAAGGAGCACUGAGCACUUUGAGUCCAGAGAGAGAAACAGAGAGAGACGAGUGGGAAGAGUGUCUAUGUCAACUUCUCCAUCAGAGGAGUGGGAACACGUACAGUGACCCCGUGACCUCUCUGUGACCCCUGUCCAGACUACACAUUGCGCUGACCUCUGACCUCAGAGAUGGUGCCUCCAGCACAAGCAGCGAAGGAAAGUGAGAUGCGUCCCACACGCCACUCUCGUUCUGUGCACAUAUUUUUGUAAGCCCUUUUGUAAGGAAUUUUGUAAUUGUAAGGAAUGUAUGUUUUGUUGUGACUUUCAUAUGCUUUUAUAUGGGCCAAAGAUCAC